AUGCGCUUUGUUCCAGAUGUCGACGGCCCCUACAAGAAGUUUCCUGCAGGCCCCGGGAGCGGCUCUUUGCUCACUCCAGCUCACUAUCCGACCCCGGCUCGCAGGCGCCAUCGCACCACCUUCAGCCAGGAGCAGCUGGAACACCUGGAGGCUGCGUUCAGCAAGAACCACUACCCUGACAUCUACUGCCGGGAGGAGCUGGCCAAGACCACCAAGCUCAACGAGGCUCGCAUUCAGGUGUGGUUUCAGAACAGAAGAGCUAAACACCGUAAGCAUGAGAGAGCCGUGCAGAAGCCCAUGCCCCCCGCUGUGAUCUCAGCCUGCAGCAGCCUGAUGUCCGGGGUGUGUCCAGCGAGCACGUCAGUGCGUCAGUACCAGUACCCCCACACCAUCAACCAUCUCCCUCGCUUCUCCUCCUUAGCUGCAGCGAGCUACGGGCCACCCCCAUCAGUCAGUCAAUUCAGCUGUGCCAGCAGCCACCCCCACCUGCCUCCAGCCGUGGCCCCGCCUAGGCAACAAGAAGACUGGUACGGCCCCCUGCGCGCCAUCAGCUCCCCCUCAUCCAUGCUCUCCCUGGCCCCCAUGCCAGGCUUGGACCACUCCUCCCACUGGAAUUAAAACUGGCUUCAAGAGAGCUUCCCUCUUCCCUAUACUUCCCGGUGGAGUUCGGUGAAGCCUCUACUUUUACAAGCUUAAAAUUCACUGUAAACUUCUACUACUGGUAAAACCCUUCGAAAUUUAAUUGUAUGUCAUGAUUUGGCUUUUUGAUUAAUUUAUAGGGAUAUACGCAGUACGCCAGUUAGCCAGUCAGCCUUGUGCUACAAUGUAAAUAAAAGAAACAAAUACAUCCAUAAAGAGAAAUAGCUUUGCACUUCCACCUCUCAAAAACACCUUUUACUUAAUGGAACAGGGCUUGGAAUGCUGCAUGAACACACUGUGCAGUCAAGUUGCUUUUGUAGUCUAAACUUUAUGAUUUAUUUUUCUGUUGUUCUACAUUCCUGCUCUAAGUUGUAUUUUACAUCUGUCUUUUCCCUUGCCUCAGAAACACCGGAUAAGCUCCUUGCUUCCGGAGGGCUUGAAUCCUGGAAUAUAAAUCGCUUGGCUAGGUGUGUAUCCCACAUGUGCUGCAAAUGAUCUAGACAAUGUCGAGUGCUGACUUUUGGUACUGGCACAGAACAAGCCACGGGGAACAAAGAAAAAAAAUAAAGCCGAUUCUGACUUACUUUGAUA